UUUACCCUCUCUUUACAUUAAGUUUAAGUUUAUUAUUUUACCAUGCUUAAAUAACCCUAAUAUUUUAAUAAUAAUAGUUGAAAUAAAAAUAAAGAAAAUGUGAUAAACAAGUACUGUCAAGCAUGGAUGAAACAAAGGAACAAUUAAUCUAUCUAGCAAGAAUCGAAUCACUUGCUGAAGAAAUUUUAGUUGAUCGUCAAGAAAUGGUGAAACUAGAUGAGCGAAGAAACAAUUUACGUGUAGCUGCUCGUGAAAUUAGAAAUUCAACAGAAAAUAAAUUUUGGAUUCAAAUUGGCGCCAGCUUAGUAAAAUCUGAGAAAAAUCGAGCUCUUGACAUACUGCAAAAAGAUACUGACUUGAUAAAUACUGAAGUAGAAAAUUUGCAAAAAAGUAUUAAAGCUAAAGUGAAUCAAUUGAGAGAACUAGAACAUGCAUCACCACUUACAGGUUUGAUGUUAAACCCUCUUUCGAAUAAAGAGAUGUCUGUGCUAAAGAAAAAUUUGGUUUGAUUGGUUUGCUUGUAAGUGAAUUUAGAAUUUCUGAAUACAGUUGUUUAAAACAUUACAAAGAUAUUUUUAUCAAAGCAAUUAUUGUUGGAAGAUUUAACAAAUCUCUUAAACAAAAGC